GAGCUGAAAGCACAGAAGCCUUUAAGAUCUAGAGAAGAUAAACCGGGAGAUGACCCAGUCCAUCAUGGAGAGCCUGUUCGGAGACGAUCCUUUCUUCGAGGACAUCACUCUGCUGUGGCCGAGACGCUGCAACGUGGCCGAGCGGUUCCUGCGACGCAGAGAGCAGAUGAUGGAGAGCUUCAGGGCAGACGUUGGAGACAGUCUCAUAAACGAACUCUUUCAAAACCUGGAUGAUCUCUUCUCCUUGCCAUCAUCUUCCACCACAUCUUCCACAACAUCAUCCACAUCAGCUGCCACAUCAUCUGCCGCAUCAUCUUCCACAUCCGCCGCCAAACUCACAGGCCCGAGCGUCUUCUGCCUUGACACUCGCGGCUUCUCUCCAGAAGACAUCGCCGUCACAGUGUGCGGCAGGAAGCUGGAGAUCAAGGUGGCAAAGCCGACCGAAGCAAACUCGUCCGCCGCUGCAGCAGGAUUCUCCCGGAGCGUAGAGCUCCCAGGUCACAUCAAUCCAUCCACACUCACCUGCACGUUAGGGGACGACGGCUUCCUCAAGAUCGAGUCUCAGGCCAAAGAACCCGAGACGGAUGAGUCUGACGUCCCGGUGCGCUUCAGGACCUCGCUGGACUUCCCUCUGAGCAAAGAUGAAACGGAGGAGAAACAGGAGUAAAGACUGAAACCUUGUGUUGUGCUGCUCGAAAUUAUGUUUUCCCAAUGACCUAAUGUUUUUUUUUUAAGAAAUGUAUUAUAUUCCAUCCCUAAGCUUUUUACGCUUAAUUAAAUGAAUUCAGUCGGAAGUUGGGCUGUUUUUUAAUCUGAGCUCCGAUCAUUCAGGAAUAAAGACGCCACUUUCAGACAGAACUGAUAACCAACAUCAGCAGCUUAAUCAAUCAUUUUAAAGUUUGUUGUAUUUUCUCUUUUCCCCCUUUCUUGCACUUUCGGUAUUUUCCUGUGCUACUGCUGUUAUGUUGUGUUUAUACACUACAACUAGAGCAAGACACUUCUAAUUAAAAAAGCUGCUACACAAAUAAAGUCUUUUUUUGUACCUGACUAUAUGGAUUUUGUUUCUAUAUUCCUAAUUACACACCGCUGGUAGAGUAAAGUACGGAUGUUCCAAAUACUUGAUGCUGUACUUUAUUCCUUGAGCAUGGAUGAGCUUGUUCUCCUCACUACUGUACAUCUGUUGGUCUAUAUCUGAGAUUAUAGCUCAUCU